CCAGCACAACAGGAUGAGACUCCGCCUGCGCUGUGGCCUUCAAAAUAAACGUUCAAGGAAACCUAGACAGACUUUAUGAUCAGUUAAAAUGACGUUUGAUUAUAAUUUUAAUAAUCCAUAAACUAUAUUAAAAACCGAGCGCUCAACUUUGAAAAUGUGUUUCUGCAUUUUUAAAUCUAAUAAUUCGAAAUCUACAGCCAUACUCAUCAGGAGGCCAGCUCUCAGGAGCGUGGAGCCUUAAACCUUUGAUCAGUGCGAGCAUCAUGGUGAAAGACUGACAGCAGCUCAGACUCACUGCACACGGCCACGAAUCAAUAACUGAUCUAUAACCGGUCAGGAGGCGGUCAGUGUGGCGUCGGCGUUGCGGUCCUGGGGCAGCACACUGAUGGAGGGCGACUGUCGGAUCCCCGUCGCCUGCUGCCGCCCUCGCGUCCUCAUGCUGCAUGCUCUGUUCUGGGGCCUUGUGUCGCUUAGGGUGUUUGGCGCGGCGCUGCUAAGCGAGGAGAAAUCUACAGGAACAGAUACAGAAGUGAAGCCCGAGGUCGUCCCCUGCUGGCUGCUGGAGGAGUUUGUGGUGACGGAGGAGUGUGUGCGCUGCAACGACUUCAAUGCCAAGUCGCAGUUAGCUUGCAGACAGACGGGAUAUGUGGAGCGAGUGAACUGCAGCCGGUCCAGCAAAGAGGAGUACAAGAGUUGCCGCUCCACUCUCAUGGAGGAGCAUCUGUUCUGGAAGUUCGAGGCGGCCAUGUUGGCUCUGAUGGCCUUCUUCGCCAUCCUCGUUGUGGUCCGUCAGCGGCGGCUUGACCGCCUUGCCUCCGAGAAGGUCCGCCGCCAGAUCGAGUCCAUCUAGGAGACCUGGACUGUAUUGGUGUUUAACUAGGACUGCAGAAACUGUUUCCAAACUGAACUUCAUUUAAAACAUGACAAGGGGACGGUUCAUUCUCUUCGUCUCCUGUUUGAGUCAAACAGACAUUUUAAAGACAGGAAGUGAAACCAGGAAGUGUUUGGACAUUCUGUGACAUCACACACCGACGCUGCUCCUUCCUCUGAGUGGAAACGGGAAAGCUCAGUGCAGAAAUAAAGAUGGCUGACAUGGAAAACAAGAGUCAUCGUCAGCGCCUGGGGUUGGAGUCAUGUCAGUGACAUCAUUAGGGUUAAAUAUCUCACCAGUAAAAAUGGUGGAUGAUGUUUUUGCUUCCUAUUUCCAUUGCCACGGUAACCAGCUGCUCCAACCUUUAUUUUGUUCAGUGUUAAAACUUGUGGAUCAAUAAAGUUGUUCAAUAUUUAUCAGAUUUAUUGCAGCAGAGUUCUGGUUCCUUCUGUGAACCUCCUGCUCCUGUGCAGCACUGUGGGCCUUUAACAUGAAUGAGGAGUAUUGAUUAUUGAGCGACAGAUGUUACAAAGAUAUAUAAGAUGAGGUAUAAUAAAUAAUAAAAUGAGGUUUCCUGCUCUAAACAAA